CGCUUCGUGCCGGAUCUACCUGCGCUGACAUCGGCAGGGAAGGGGAGGGGGAGCCACCAGAAGCAGCCUGUGGGGCGCUCGCCGGAGUCGCUGUCCGCUGCUGCCGCCAUCCGCGCAUCGCAGCGCCCGACAGACCCCCUCCCCGCGCCAUGUCGGACUUCGACAGCAACCCUUUCGCGGACCCGGACCUCAACAACCCUUUCAAGUUUCUCAGUGACAGUGUGCAGCUGAAAAUUGAGCUCUCAUUUAUAUGCUCAGGAGGAGCAGCAUUCCUCAUAAAUCAGCUGUGUGACAGAUGGGGCAUCUCACAAAUCAUGUUAAUCUAGAUUUGUAAGAAGAUCAGGGUGAAAUGAGGUGACCUACAGAAUAGGAAGAAUGAAAACAUGAAUGAGUUUCUAUUUCUACAUCAAAUAAAGGAUCCUUCAGUUACACAAGUGACGAGAAAUGUUCCUCCAGGAUUAGAUGAGUACAACCCUUUCUCAGAUUCAAGAACACCACCACCAGGAAAUGUCAAAGUUCCCAAUGUGCCCAGUACGCAGCCAGCUAUAAUGAAACCAACUGAGGAACCACCUGCUUACACACAGAUUGCAAAGGAACAUGCCUUGGCCCAGGCUGAACUCCUUAAGCGUCAAGAAGAAUUAGAAAGAAAAGCAGCUGAACUAGAUCGCAGGGAAAGAGAGAUACAGAGUCUCAACCAGCAGGGAGGAAGAAAGAACAAUUGGCCUCCACUACCUGGGAAUUUCCCAGUGGGACCCUGUUUUUACCAGGAUUUCUCCGUAGACAUUCCUGUAGAAUUCCAGAAGACAGUAAAGAUUAUGUACUACUUGUGGAUGUUUCAUGCAGUGACGCUGUUUCUUAACAUCUUUGGAUGUCUGGCCUGGUUUUGCCUACAGCCCAUUCGAGGAGUUGACUUCGGAUUGAGUAUUCUCUGGUUCUUGCUUUUUACUCCUUGUUCAUUUGUCUGCUGGUACAGACCACUUUAUGGAGCCUUCAGGAGUGACAGUUCUUUCAGAUUCUUCGUUUUCUUUUUUGUGUACAUUUGUCAAUUUGCUGUGCAUGUACUUCAGGCUGCAGGAUUCCAAGGAUGGGGCAAUUGUGGAUGGAUUUCAUCCCUCACUGGGCUCAAUCUUAGUAUUCCAGUAGGCAUUAUGAUGAUAAUCAUAGCAGCGCUUUUCACAGCAUCUGCUGUCAUCUCACUAGUAAUGUUUAAAAAGGUACAUGGUCUCUACCGCACAACUGGAGCAAGUUUUGAGAAGGCCCAACAAGAAUUUGCAACAGGGGUGAUGUCCAACAAAACUGUACAAACUGCUGCAGCCAAUGCUGCGUCAACAGCAGCAACUAGUGCUGCUCAAAAUGCUUUCAAGGGUAACCAAAUAUAGCGAAAAGAAAUGAAAAAAUCACUACCAUUUUCAGCUGUAUUUUCUUUUUCAGUCACUUAUAGUCCCUAAAGACUUGUGUUAAAAAUGCACACAGCAUGUAUGUCUCUUCGGCUGUGCAUGGGCUAAAACAGGAAAAGGUCCUUGUUCCAUUACUUUGUACACUUAUUUAUUCAAUCAAAGGUACUCCCUAGCUACUACUCUUAACUUAAAAUGGUUCUAUUAUUCCUCAUCUUUUUGGAGGCACGCUAUAUUUGGUGAAAAUUUAAAACAGUGAAUCUGAAAUUGAUAUGGCAACUUCUGGCGUCAACUUAAUGUUUUGUUUUUUUGCAAAGGUGGGGGGGUUCUUGUCAAUAGCUGCCCCUGGAAACUUUCAUUUUGACUUGAGACGAGCACUUUGGAUUAACUCCUUCUAUUCAUAACUAGCUUCCCUAUUUUCUUAAAGUAAGGAAUGGGGCAACUGAUGGUCUUGAAUAUGAAAUUUUGGCUGCUGCUUUAUAGCUUCAGCAGCUGUUGAAGGACAAAUGUAAGCUUAAAAUAAGUAUGAUAGAUAAUGUAAAUUUCUUUCUUUUUUUAGGAUAAUAGGUCUUUUGAUAAAAACCUGAGUUUGCAUGAAACAGUUUUGACCAUGCUGAGCUAGUGUUUUGGUCCAGAAUUUGUCUCUACCACUAUGGUCACAGUAUUUGUUGGGAUCUGUUUUCAUGGCGUGUGGUCUUCCUACAGAAAUUUUGGAGCACAGGUAGUCUCACCAAAAUAAUAUGUGAUGCAACAGGCAGUGAGAAUUACGUUUCAUGGAAUCUGAGUGAUUAUAUAUGCUAUUUUUAAUUUCAGUAUUCAUGUCUUUGGAAAACAUACUGCUAAAGAGAACCCAUUAACCAAUAUUUAGAACACUCCCAUAGCUAGUCCUUUUUGACCUGUGUUAAAAUGCAGUGGAAUUUUUGUUGUGCUUAAGGAGUCUGCCAUUUUUUUAAGUGUGCACUUGUGUUUAACAAUGGUACUAAAUCUUUAGCCUUGUCAAUCACUCUGUUUAUUGCUUGUACAAACAUCUGAAUAUACAGUAUCUUAUUGAAAUCUUUAAAAACAACCAUAGUCUCUAAUCAGGCAUUUAAAAAUGGAAUUUAAUUAUGUACUUGAAUUCUUUUUAACAUACUUCAGCCUUUAUGUGUGAUUUUUAAUCUGAAUAAAUGCAUUUUAUAAAAUGCCGAUUGAGGAUGAGUUUUCAGUGCAGUAAUAAUCAGCUACGUUUGUUACACAGAGGUUUUUUUGUUUUUAAUUCAUCUUGGUAUCCUGAGUCGUAAUCAGCUCUCAUUUUAAGGUCAACACCCCACCCCACCCCACCCCGUUGACAUUCUGAAGUAUAUGAAUUAUUGGAUUGCAACUUGGAACAUAUCUUGGAUUAACUUUUCAAAUAGCAUUCAACUGCUGUCAUUAAAGACUCUUAAUUCUUAUAUACUGCAUAAAGGUGUUGCGAUAUAGGUCCUCAUCUUAACGCACUCUGACCCAAUAUUUAUUUGGGGAAAGUAUUAUUCAGCUGACCCACUGUUGUAAAACAGCAUGGUCUAAAAGCUAUGUCUGGGGUAUAUUCAUAUAUCUCAAAUUACAAACUUUACCUUAGAUGAAUAAACAGGAUAAAUUUGACAGCUUAAUCACAACAGCAAAUACUAGAAAAUAGACUACGGUAUAUGGGAAUUACAUUUUGCAAACAGUUUUCUAUACCGAACACAAAGGGCAAGUCAUAUCCUGGAUGAUGUGAGGAAUUUGAUGUAUUUAGUCCUUGAUUAGUAAAAGGGUUCUUAGCUUUCUUUAAUGUACAUUUUAUUUCAAUCCUUCAUCCUACUUUAGCUGCCCUAUAACAUUUUUGUUGCUAAUCCUUUAACUUGUAUUUAGGGUGGGGGGGAUGAAUUUUAUUUGCAGUUUAAAAAUCAAUAAAUUGUUCUUGAAUAUUUUUUCCUCAGGGGAUAAAGCAAAAUAAAACUUGAAAUAGAUAAAUGCAAGGCUAGUUUGCAUAAGUCUUGUAGCUGUUUUGGUUCAAGAAAACAUAUGUUGAUUUUAAUGUGUACAAUUUUACAGAUCAUCAUCUAGAAAAUUAACCACCAAGGUUAAAUCAAAAGUAGCAGAGUGAAUCUCAGAAUUGUCUCCCAACUUCUGAUUUUUAGUUUUUGGCAAAAGGCUGUUGUAUGUUAAAAUAUUUAGCACCAGAAUUAAAAUAUGUCGGUUAAAAAUUAAAUACCUAUUAUUUAUGUCAUUUUGUAGUAUCCAGUUGUGGCUAGAUCAAAAUACAGAGUUUCAACACUGGAAUGUCAGUACUCUUGGCUAUAAUUUUGGCAUUGGAGUCUAUUAUCUGAGGGAUAUCUGUAUAUUUUGUAAAUUCCUAACAAUGCUUUGCCAUCCUGAUGAAUGUCACGGUUCUGUACAAAUGCACACAGAUCCUCUGAUGUUGCAUGUCUGGGUAGUUCAAAGGUUCUACAUAUUUAUUGUAUUAACUCAGUGACAUAGAAUAAAAAUGUUUCCUAAUUGUUUGCUCUGUAUAGUUUUAAAACUCAAGUAGGAAAUUUUUGUAAAAGGCAAGCUAAAAUGCAAGAGGGUUAAUGUGUACAGAAUGUAUCACACAUUUCUCCCCCCCCCCCCCAGCUCUAGUCAUAUGUAGUUACACAGAGGCAGAAAUUACUUGGAUUGGUUUUAUUGCAUUAUGGAUUGAUUUCAUUAUUUCAUAUGUUGUAAGUCACCUUGAUACAUUACUUAAAAACUGAUGUGUGACUGUGCGUUCAAUCCAGAUUCUGGCACUACUAGUCACAUGUAACUAUGCACAACUAGAGCUGGAUCGGGGUUGUUUUUUUGUAAUCUGUAUAUAAAUUCUGUGAUCUGCUGCAGUGGGAAAAAUAUGUCAAUUACCAGAACAACAAAUUGUUACAAUUAGACCUGGGACUGGUUUAAAGAAGCACCCAGUAAUAGUUGGUGUGUUUUGGUUUUGUGAUGUAAAUUGGAAACUUUAAAGAGAAUGGUUUGUCGGUACUGACGAAAUCUAGGAGUAUUAAAUUUUGUCUGGGAACUUGUUGGAAGUAAACUGAAACCUCUGAAAACAAACCUUUGCUGGUAUUUUUUAUAUCCGGAUCGCUUUGUCACUGCUGUGGCGGGUCAACUUCUCUACUGUGAGUCCUUUAUGAAUGUAGCAAUAAAGUCUACGGAUAGUGGCCACAAUCCAAGAAAGUAUAUAACUAGAUACAGCUGUGGGCCUUUUUUUCUUGGUUUCCACUUUUCAAAACCUGCCUUGUGUGCCACACAGCAAGCUACAACUAAAUUGAAAGCCAUGUUUGAUAUGCUUGGUUGGGUGCUAUGGAAAUUAUGUAAAAGCCCUGAUUGUGUCAGUUGUGUGACCAGAGGCUCUGUGUGCAUACUAGAGAGACCUUAUAAAGACAGAACUAACAUCAUCAUCAAUUCACGAUACAAUUCACAGUGACCUGUUAUUCUGGUGUCUGCUAUAACAGGUCACCGUGUAUAACCGAGCAGCUACAAGUGGGUCACAAGUUUUAUAUGUGGGAAACAUCUGGAAUAAGCUGUACAGUUUAUGGAAUAUUGUAGAGCUGGAACAGGUAUAGAAGAGGGCAACCAAAGGGAACAAGGGGACUGGAGAAACUCCACUAUAAGGAAAAGUUACAGUGUUUGGGACUUUGGGGGAGGGGGCAAAUAUAGGGGGACAUUACAGAGGUUUAUAAAAUUAUGCAUCAUGUGGAGAAAAUAAGACCGCCCCCUCAAUACUACCAGAAGCUGAGGUGAUCCAAUAAAGCAGAAUGGUGGGAGAGUCAGAACAGAUUGAAGCAGGUAGUCCUUCAGAUGGCUGAGUUAGUGGAACUGACUCCCCAAAAGAUAUAGAGAUGGCUACCAACUUGAAUGGCUUUAAAAGGGAAUUAGACAAAUUCAUGGGUAGAGCUGCUCACUGGAAGGACAGAUCGUGAAGCUGAGGCUCCAAUACUUUGGCCACCUCAUGAGAAGAGAAGAAUCCUUGGAAAAGACCCUGAUGUUGGGAAAGAUUGAGGGCACUAGGAGAAGGGGACAACAGAGGACGAGAUGGUUGGACAGUAUUCUCGAAGCUACGAACAUGAGUUUGACCAAACUGCGGGAGGCAGUGGAAGACAGGAGUGCCUGGCGUGCUCUGGUCCAUGGGGUCACGAAGAGUCGGACACGACUAAACGACUAAACAUCAACAACAAUGGAUAGAGCUAUCAGUAGCUACAUAAGCCUGAUGGUUUUGUAAUGCCUCUAAAUACCAGUUACAGGGAAUCACAGGCAUCUGGUUGGCCACUCUGAGAACAGGUUGCUGGACAGGAUGCAGCAAGAUGUGUUAAUUGUUCAGUUACUCAAUUUUUGCUCUUAACUGCUAUAACUGUUGCUAUAACUGCUGCAUUCCACAAAGACAAGUAACAUAUAAUGAUUGGACAAAAGAACACCACAGUGACAACUAAGAGACUGGCUUGUACUAGUCUCAGGCUCCCAUAAAUAUGUGAGGCUUCACCUCGUUUUUGUCUUUUGGAACUAUCCAGCCAUCUUCUCUGCAAAGAAUUCUGUGCAUGCUCCUAAACCCAAGACUACUCAAGCAGGUAAUCCAUAUCAAAACUAAAUUGAACUAAGCUAACAUGUAUCUAAACUAAAUUCUUGCUUUUGUUUCAAGUAUGUUUGAUUUGGUGCCUUCGUUUUUCUUCCUCCCUCUCUCAAAUAAACAUUUUUUUAAAUACUUUGGA